AUGGGGAACUGCUGCUGGACGCAGUGCUUCGGACUCCUCCGCAAGGAAGCUGGGCGGCUGCAGCGUGUAGGAGGCGGCGGAGGAUCCAAGUAUUUUAGAACAUGCUCAAGAGGUGAGCACUUAACUAUAGAGUUUGAGAAUCUAGUAGAAAGUGAUGAAGGAGAAAGCCCAGGAAGCAGUCAUAGGCCUCUUACUGAGGAAGAAAUUGUUGACCUGAGAGAGAAGCAUUAUGAUUCCAUUGUUGAAAAACAGAAAGAUCUUGAUAUGAAAAUCCAAAAAGAGUUAGCCUUACAAGAAGAGAAGUUAAGACUAGAAGAAGAAGCUUUAUACGCUGCACAGCGUGAAGCAGCCAGGGCAGCAAAGCAGCGAGAGCUCUUGGAGCAAGAAAGGCAGAGAGUUGUGCAGCGAUGCCGUGCUUCCAACAAUGGAGACUAUCAAAGUCCAGGACCAGAAGAUGACUUUGAAUCUUGUUUGAGAAAUAUAAAGUCACAGUAUGAAGUUUUUCGAAGUAGUAGGCUCUCAUCAGAUGCCACAGUUCUGACACCGAAUACAGAAAGCAGUUGUGAUUUAAUGACCAAAACUAAAUCAACUAGUGGAAACGAUGACAGCACAUCUUUAGAUCUAGAAUGGGAAGAUGAAGAAGGAAUGAAUCGAAUGCUCCCAAUGAGAGAACGUUCCAAAACAGAGGAAGACAUUCUUCGGGCAGCACUGAAGUAUAGCUGCAAGAAGACUGGAAGUAAUCCUACAUCAGCCUCUGAUGAUUCCAAUGGGCUGGAGUGGGAGAACGAUUUUGUUAGUGCCGAAAUGGAUGAUAAUGGCAAUUCCGAGUAUUGUGGAUUUGUAAAUCCUGUAUUAGAACUGUCCGAUUCUGGUCUAAAGCAAUAUGAUUCAGAUCAACAAAAACGAUAGGAAAACAUUGUGUGAUCUUGUUUAUCAGUUAUGACCAAAUGUUAUAAACCAACUAGAAUGUAUAAAUGGUUGUGCUGAGCCUUUUU